GGCGCGGCGCGGGCGGAAGGGGCGGGCGCGGCACCGGCGGCACGUGAAGGUCGCGGCGCGGCGGCACCGGGAGGGACCGGCGCACACCGGGAGCGCCAUGGACGCGCCGUCCGCCGCCGGCCUGGGCGGGGCCGACCCGCAGCUCCAGCGCUUCAUCGAGGUGGAGACGCAGAAGCAGCGCUUCCAGCAGCUGGUGCACCAGAUGACCGAGCUCUGCUGGGAGAAGUGCAUGGACAAGCCGGGCCCCAAGCUGGACAGCCGGGCCGAGACGUGCUUCGUGAACUGCGUGGAGCGAUUCAUCGACACGAGCCAGUUCAUCCUGAACCGGCUGGAGCAGACGCAGAAGUCCAAAUCGGCCUUUUCGGAGAGCCUGUCCGACUGAGCCGGACCCAGCCCCGCCAGGCCAGGCCCUCGCCCAUGCCCGCUCCCGGUCACUCCGCUGCCCGAGGGAGCCAGGAUCGGCUCGGGGGGGUUGGUUAGGAUUUAAUUAAAUGCCAGUCUCGGGGAAGUUGCAGCCAGAUGAGAGCCCACGACAGACACAAGGACGCUCCACGUGGGGUGACGUGCUGCUCCCAGCCCCGCGGGCCAGCUUUGUGCCGGGACCUCGGUGCCAUGCGGGGAGCAUCGGGAAUGUGCCCCCUGGGCUGAGCACAGCGGGGCUGGUGCUUGUUUCGUGGAUGCUCCCAGCGCUGAUGGGAAGCUGGGCUCUGGGUGAGGCCAGCCCGUGGGCGCUGCCUUAAAGAGUGCUGCACAACCCAGCCCUGCUGGGCACAUCCUCACCUGCCCCCGGGCACCAUCGCUGCUGCGCAGGCUGGGACGGGCACCCUGAGCAAGAAGAGCAUGUUGGGAACAGUGACCAUCCCAGGCAGUGCCACUGCUGGAAAACACUUCCAGGCUUUCAUAGGUUAAUCCUUCGUAUGGCCAAGUGACCAAUUUUCACACUGCAGCACAACUCUGUCAAUGCUGACUUGCUCCAUUAACUGCUUUCCCUGGGUAAAUGUAAUAAAUAUUAACUGGGUCAAUUUUUAA